CCUGCAGGCCUAUCUGGCCCUGGUGCGCCGGGAGCAGGAGGCCGCGCGGCGGCGGCGCGAGCAGGAGGAGGCGGCGCAGCGGGAGCGGCGGGAGGAGCUGGAGCGCCGCCGCCGCCUGCUGGACGCCGCCUUCGACGGGGACGUGAGCGAGAUCCGGGCGGUGCUGCAGGAGGUGGAGCAGCUGCUGACCCGCGAGGGCGUGGGCCACGACGAGGCGGGCAAAGCGCGGCGGCUGCAGCGACGCGUGGCCCUGGUGGAGUGCGAGGACAGCAGCGGGAACACGCCGCUGUCCGAGGCGGCCGCGGGCGGGCAGCCCCUGGCCAUCCAGCUGCUGGCUGAGCUCGGUGCCAGCCCCAACAGCAAGGGCGCCUUCGGUCGGACGCCGCUAUACCGCGCAGCCUUUGGGGGCCACCUGGAAGCCGUGGAGGUGCUUCUGAAGCUCGGAGCAGACCCACGGGUGUACGCAGAGGACGGGAGCACCCCUGAGCAGGUGGCCUCGCUAGAUGCGGUGGUGAGCGUGCUGCAUUCGUGGGACCUGAGCCUCACAGAGGCCAUGCUCCAGAACAUGGAGGCAGAGCAGCAGCGCCGGGCCCGGGAGGCCCAGCGGCACCAGGAGGCCGAGGCUGAGUGGUGUGGCGGGCAGGAGGGGUGUGGGAGGUGCUGGCGGGGAGCGGGGACGGCGGACGCUGGCAGGGACCUCUGCCCCAGCUCCUUCCCGUUCCCUAGCCUGACCCUCAAGGUCCAGCAGCUGGCCAGGGAGCAGCAACAGUGUUCCAAGGAGCUGCAGCAGGCCUACUGCGAGCUGAGCCGGAGGAUCUCAGAGCACGACCAGUGUGAGCGGAGGCACGCGGACAAGACGAAGCUGACGCUGCAGGCCAUUAAGGACGCAGAGGACCAGGUGGACAGGCUGCAGCAGGAGGCCCAGAAGGCUGAGGAGGCGCUGGCUCUGGCCAGACUGGCACUGCGGGAACAGAUGCAGGAGGGUGAAGAAGAGGUGCAGGGGCUUAAGUGCCAGGUCACGGAGCUGCAUGACGUGCUGAUGAAGGACGUGGGCGACCGCAUCCGAGCGGACGGCCGGUCAGUGCUCCCGGCCGGACGUGGUUCCAGGCCGCUGGGGUUUGGACAGACGGCACCGACCUCACGCUGUCCCCAGGUGGCCUCUCGUCAUCGACCCUUCGGGCCAGGCGGCUACCUUCCUGCGCUACCAGGACACCAACUAUGUGGACACGGUAAACCCGGAGCACCUGAGGCCGGAGAGGAUGCGACUGGCUCUUCUGGGGGCUCUGCGGUGAGGCAGGCGGGGCGUCAGGUACAGCCACCCCACCCCCGGCCCCACCCCGCCUCAUCAGCCUCCUGGGGCAGGUACGGGAAGCCGCUGGUGUUCGACCUGCGCGAGGUGGACCUGUUCCCAGCCGUGCAGCGGCAGCUGGAGGCGGUGCAGCCCGGCCUGGCCCAGGCGCUGCUGAGCCGUGGCCUGCUGGAGCAGGAGCGGUACCUGUCGCUGCUGCGGCCCACGGACGAGCCCGAGUACAGCCCCACGCAGUUCCAGGAGGCGCGCCUGGAGCACUUCCGCGUCUUUUUCGUCACCAAGGCCCAGUGGCCGCCGGCUGAGCAGCUGCAGGUGCUGCUCCCGGUGCGAGUGCAGCUCCCGGGCACAGGCCUCUAGCGCCGGCUCCAACCCCAAUAAAGCGUGUGCCCCGGGGCGCGGUGCCGCCUGUGCUGUGUGUGUGAGGGGCAGGGUGGCCCGUGACUCCGACCGCGGACACAGAUGUGCAGACCCCUGGGGGACCCUGCUGGGGACGGGGAGGCGCAGC